UUGCUGCUUUGUUAUAUCUCAUCUCUGUCACUUCUUUGCUUUUUACUAUUUUCAUUUUUCACACUUUUUCCUCUUUUACUUUGGGUAUGGUUGGUGGGAGUGGAGUUUGUUUCUCUGGUUUCCCUUUAAAGGGAUAGCAUUGCUUAUCUCUUUAGUAGUUUGGUUUGCCUGUUCGACUCAAAAAUCGACUACUAAUGGUUGCAUUUUCUCAGUCAUGAUCCUUAAACAUGUGCCUAUCUUUGCAGCGCCUUAGCUAGCUUCGCCUGCUGAGAUCGUACGUUAUGCAGACCACUAAACCGAGGCCGGGCUCUCUCGACGUCUUUCCAAAGCUGUCUCCUGCCACACCUCGUGCAGCUCGGAAGCUCAAAACUCCUGGAUCAGAUCCGGAUUCGUUUUCAUCACCAAAGAGCAAGACACCCAAGGAUAUGAGUCCUAAAGUUGUUGGGAAGUCUCCACGAAGCCCGGCAAUGGAGAAAAAGAGAGCACCGAGCAGGGUGUCCGACUCGGAGGCUCAGCUGCAGGACGAGCUGAAGAAGGCGAAGGAGGAGCUGAGCUCGUCCGAGUCAUUGAAGAAAAAGGCUCAGCAGGAGGCGGACGAGGUUAACAAGCAGCUUGCAGCUAUGUCGUCUAAGCUCGAGGAAACGCAGAACCAGCUGAAGGAGCUCUCGGACUCUGAGGAGGCUCGGGUGCAGGAGCUGCGUAAGGUGUCUCAGGACCGAGACAAAGUCUGGCAGUCGGAACUGGAAGCUGUGCAGAAGCAGCACUCGAUGGACUCUUCUGCGUUGGCUUCUGCCCUGAACGAGACGCAGAAGCUGAAGCUCCAGCUGGAUCGGGUGACUGAUUCCGAAGCCUCCCAAGCUAGGGAGAUUCGGAGGCUGAGAGACGAGCUCACAGAGGCUCUUGAGUUGGUCGAGAAGCUCGAGAAAGAGUUGAAUGAUAGCAGAGAAUCGGAAUGUCAGGCGAUUGAGGAAGCUGGCAAGGCUCUAAUGCUGCUGGAAGUCGUGAAGACGACUGAGGAAGCUCUGCGGUUGGAGCAUGCCAACGCCAACGUCUCGUUGCUGGCUGAGGCGGAGGACGCGAGGAACAAAGCAGACGCGCUUGAGGAGCUUGUCAGCAAACUCAACGGUGAUGAACACGCCUCUGAUGGUCUGAAACGCGAAGCAGACGAGCUAAGGGGCGCGCUUGAGGCUGCCGAGAGGAGGUACCAAGACCAGUACCUCCAGAGCACGUUGCAGAUCAGAGACGCGUACGAGCUUGUGCAGCACGUGGAGUCAGAGUCGCUGCAGAGAGAAUCCGAGCUGGUGGAGGCGCUGAACGAGUCUCGCGUUGAGAUCGAGGUACUGAAGGCGAAACUGAUUGAGAAGGGAAAGGAAAAGUCAGAAUCCGAGCUGGAAGCGAUGCAAACGAGCAUAAUGGAAAAAGAGGCUGAAAACGAGGCUCUAAAAUCCGAGAUCUUGAGAAGGGAGAAGGCGAGAGACGAGGUGGAUGCUGCGAACGCGGAGAUGGAGGGGGAGAUGAGGAGGCUGAAGGUGCAGUCGGAGCAGUGGAGGAAGGCGGCUGAGGCAGCGGCCGCCAUGCUGUCCAACGGGAAGUGUGUCGAGAGGACGGGAUCGUUGGGCUACGACAUGGUUGGUGGGAAAGUAGGCUCAGAAGAGACAGAUGGGGAGUCUCCUAAGAAGAAAAAUGGGAAUAUGCUGAGGAAGAUUGGUGUGUUGCUGAAGAAAGGGCAACAUAAAUGAAGUUGUUUAAGGUUUUGUUUCAUUGUUUUGAAUAAUUGAUGCAGUUCUUGAUUUUGAUCACUUUGUGACUUUUUAUAGACAUAUUCUUGUCUGAAAUUUGUAGGAGAAUUAGUGCAGAUGGUUAUCUAGAUGUAAUAAUCUUGUAUAGUUGAUAUGGUCAACUGUUAUGAACACUCUCUCUCCCCCCGGAGAAAAAAUGUGGCGUGCUACGUCUGAAUUUAUUGACAUGAUAUUUACGUGUAAGGAA